AUGCCUAGAAUGCUCGAUUGCAUUACCAAGGGCUUCAUUAGCAAUUACAAACAGCCUUUACUAUGCUGUAGUAAAGAACAACUAAAUGUAUGUAUAACAAACCUCAGGUUGGAGUUGAUAUGGUUUGUUCAAGUAUAAGUAGAUAGCUUUGGUUGACCCCGCUCGUUGGAUCAUCACCUCCAUCAUCAUUCCCAAUCAGCUAUUUGCAUCAUCAUCUUUAAGAUUCUCUAUCGCACUUUUCGGUAUUAUCAAGAUCCACCACCCCCACUCCCAAAAAGUAACCCAAAAUGGUCAAGAUUUCAGAUAUUCGAGACUUUAACAAGUCCCUCAAAUCCUCUACAACAACUGGCCUCACAGCCGUUGUGGCCGGCGGGACCAACGGCAUCGGCCGCGGUUUCCUCACUGCCCUGGCCACCAACCUCAAUGCCCCCAAGAUUUACAUCAUCGGCCGUAAACAAGAUGUCCUCGACGCCAUCGUCCUGGACCUCCAGCGCAUCAACCCGGACGGCCAGUACAUCCCCGUCCUGACCGGAGAUCUCACCCUCCUCUCAGAAAUGAAGAAGGCCGCCACGACAAUCCGAGCACAGGAGAAGGCCAUCGACCUUCUCUUCAUGUCGACGGGCUACCUCACCACGGGCACGCGUGACGAGAGCAGCGAGGGCCUCGACAAGCUGACCUCGAUCCGACACUACGCACGCGCCCUUCUGACCCUAGAGCUGCUCCCGCUGCUCAACGCCGCGCCCUCGCCGCGCGUCGUGUCCGUGCUCGCCGCAGGUCUCGAGGGUAACAUCUUCCCGGACGAUCUGGCCCUCAAGGAGCCCGGCCACUACACCUUCGGCAACGCGGCGGGCGCGGCGGCGACGUACGUCACGCUGUCGAUGGAGCAGCUGCACAAGGAGAACCCCCACGUCAGCUUCGUGCACGCGUACCCAGGCCUGGUCCGCACCGGCAUCUUUAGCACCGAACAUUUCGGGGGUGUGUUCAAGUUCGUGGUGAACAGGCUUCUCAUCCCCACUAUCGGGAGGGUCCUCUUCUUUUCUUCGGAGGAGGCGGGUGAGAGGUUGGUGUAUACGGCCUUCAGCCCCAGCUUUGGCACCGGCGAGGGUGCUGCUGCUGCAACUGCAGGAAAGGAGGUGGCCUUGGCCCUGGGUUCGGAUGGGAAGGUUGGCAGUGGCGUAUAUACUGUGAACGACAAGCAGGAGGCGGUGACCAAUGCCCAGGUGCUGGACAAAUUGAGGUCGGAGGGAUUGGACGCCAAGAUUCUGGAGCACACUCGCGAAGAGAUCAAAAGAGUGGUCAAGUAAAUCAAUUCACAGCACGUUUCAGUAGAGUCUAGUUUAGGAUGGAGGGAGACUGAGAACAAAAAAUUCCUAAUCAUUAAUUAGCUUAUGCAAAUCAGAAGAAUCAAUCCUAAUGC